AUGCAGUCUGAGUACCGCCGUCUAGUGGACGCAAUCCAACGACAGGCCAAUGCCCACCCCAAGCAGCGCUUCCUGGUAGCCAUUGCUGGAGUCCCCGGAUCAGGCAAAACUACCACCGCUGAAGCAGCAGUACGCCGGCUCAAUGAUUCUCCCAAUACACGCGCAGCCCUACUCUCCAUGGACGGCUUCCACCUAUCCCGGGCAGCUCUCGACCAACUGCCCAACCCCGAGGAGGCGCAUAUCCGCCGUGGCGCACCAUGGACCUUUGACGUCGCCCGUUUCGUGUCUUUUGUGCAUCGACUACGCGAAUGGGCAGACCAAAUGCCCUUGGCGGUCCCAUAUUCCGAGACCUGGUCGGCAGCAGACGAAAUUCGAGUCCCGACAUUUGACCAUCAAGCCAAAGACCCCGUUGAGGACGGGUUUGCCAUAACGCCAGACACGUCCGUCAUCAUCAUCGAAGGCAAUUACCUGCUUCUCAACGAGCCCGGGUGGCGAGAGCUGGCUGAUCUAGUUGACUACCGCGUCUUCGUGGAGACGGAUCUACAGGAGGCGCGAGUGCGAACGGCCAAGCGUCAUGUCCAUGCUGGUAUUGAGAAGACGCUGGAGGAUGGGUUUCGUCGAGUGGAUAGCAAUGAUUAUUUGAAUGGCCUUGCCAUCCGUGACAAGCUGCUGGCUCCGGAUAUGAUAGUGAAGAGCAUGACGAUAGUGGAUUCGAAAUAG